UUCUCUAUUUAUUCAAUGGUAAAAUCUAGGCCUAAUAACUUUGAUGUUAUGGGUUUAAAUCUCGAGACAACCACUUUGUGCACUGUGUUAAAGGUUAAUGACAAUCAAUUUGACAAACAAAACAAAUCAAAGCAUAUGAACAUGGAAGAAAUGAAGCCUUAUUUAGGUGCUUUAAUGUUUCAGUCCAUAUCUGCAGGCAUGUUUAUAUUGUCAAAGGCUGCCUUGAAUAAGGGUAUCAACAGUUUUGUGUUCAUGUUCUAUAGACAAUUGGCUGGAACUAUUGUCCUGGCGGCUAUCAUCAUUUUCAAACGAGAGAGUGUGACACCAACCUCAUUUGUGGCCUUGUGUAAAGUUUUCAUGCUUUCACUAAUUGGCAUUACUUUAGGCUACAAUAUUUAUGGCAUCGCCCUUGUUUAUACGUCUUCAAGUUUGGCUGCUGCUAUUAAUAAUUGCCUCCAGACCAUGACAUUUUUCCUCGCUGUUUUGCUAAGGAUGGAAAAGUUAAAGUUGAGGACAAUAGGUGGAGUUGCAAAGGUUGCAGGUAUCAUGUUGUGCAUGGGAGGUGUGGCAACCCUUGCUUUCUAUAAGGGCCCCUAUUUGAAACCAUUUCUCCAUAGUUAUCACCCCUUUGAUAGCAAUAAUAACAGCAGCCAACAAGGGCAUGGUAACUCUCCUGGAGAAAAUUGGAUAAAGGGUUGUUUCCUCAUGUUUCUUUCCAAUCUUUGUUGGGCUCUCUGGAUUGUUUAUCAGGCUCCAGUUUUGAAAGACUACCCUUCGAAGCUGCUCAUCUUUACAAACCUCCAGUGCCUUUUCAGUGUAAUUCAGACAGGUGUUGUUGCCAUUGUUGCGGAAAGAGAUCUUUCUAAAUGGAAGCUAGGUUGGGAUGCUAGACUUGUUGCAAUUGUUUAUAGUGGAUUCUUGACAAGCGCUGUUGGAACCAACUUACUAGCAUGGUUGAUUAAAAAGAAGGGGCCAGUUUUUCAAGCCAUGUGGACUCCAUUGAGUUUGGUCAUUACAAUCCUUUUCUCAACAUUCCUCUUAGGCGAGGUCAUUAGUUUGGGAAGAAAGGAAAGACAACCGAGGUGUAUGUUGGACACAUUUUCCUUAAGAUCGUUAUGUCCUCGCUACGGUGGUCAAGAACAGACGACGCCGACCUCCCAGGAUGCAACGACUAUAUCCUAGAAUUGCAACACUACAAUCUGGGUCUAGCGAACAGACUGAGUUGUACCUCUCUCUCUUUUACAAAAAAUAUAAGAACAGUAUGUAGAAAAACAAUAUAUGAGAAAAAUGAAGAAAAACAAAUCAAAGAAUUGGUUGGAGGAGGUCUGUAUUUAUAGGCAAUAAGGUGACUGCUCGGAUGGGUUUGGAAGCCCUUUGAAUAGGUGCGAAUUUGAAAAAAAACUGUUGGAGUAAAGAGAGGUGAUUAGAGAAGGAAGGGAUGCCACUGUUCAGGUUUGAAUUU